AUGGGUCGCGCUAAAGUGAAACUGGAACUCAUAUCAAAUUCAAGAUCUCGCAGAAUCACGUUCGAGAAAAGAAAGAAGGGAUUGAUGAAGAAGGCUGAGACAUUCAAAACCCUCUGCGGCGUCGACACGUGUGUGAUCAUCUACCCAAUGAGGAUGUCCGGUGACGGCCUAGUCCAGCCGGAGAUUUGGCCAUCAGACAGUAAGGAGGUAGAGCGCAUCGUCUGCCGCUAUCGAAGUGAGGCCGCGGAUCGCCGUGCCAAGCGCGCCACCGGACUGCGCGAGUUUUUUGCAAGCCGGAAGGAGAAGAUUGACGCCGAGCUCGCCGAGGCCCGCAAGGUCAACUGGGAGGCCAAGUAUCCGGUCUCAGACGAGUUCCUAAAAGAUCUUUCAGGCCCUCAAUUGAGAUCGCUUCUGAGCGCUGUGGGCGAUAGACUCGAACAGGCAAAGACGAGGCUUGCCACGAUGAAGGAGAAGAGAACGGUCGAGACGGCGGCACCAAGUGACGAGAUCGUACCCAGCAUCGGAGUGGACCUCCAUGCAAGCAAUGCAGGCUUCAUGCAAGAUGGGGUGGUCGGAGCUGGACUGCCUUUCGAGUUCAUGUGUCAACAGUUGGAUCAAUCCAUGAGUAUCCCUUAG